AUGCUGGGAUUAGAGGUCAUCGUGCUCUGUCUUCUUUUUGGAGCCCUCACUCACGGACAGACAACAGAGUGCCAGAAGAAGCAUGAAUGUCCCAUAGAUGUGUACUUCACCAUAGAUACAUCUGAGACCAUUGCCAUGCAGGAGCCGCCCCCUGGAUCGCUGGUGGAGAGCAUCAAGGAAUUCACUGAGCAAUUUGCACAGAGAUUAGAAGAUGCUGAAUUAAAAGGUGCUGUGCGGAUCAACUGGAAGAUUGGUGGACUACACUUCUCCCAGACACAGCAAGUGUUCAGUCGCCUUGCAUCAAAGAACGAUUUCAUCACAGGUCUCAGGGGGAUCCGUUACCUGGGUAAGGGUACCUACACCGACUGCGCCCUCACCAACAUGACCCAGGAAAUGCUGCGCUCACCCACAUACCCCAAGGCCCUCCGAUUUGCUGUGGUCAUCACAGACGGCCAUGUGACCGGAAGACCGUGCGGGGGAAUCAAAGUGGCAGCAGAGAAAGCUCGUGACGAGGGCAUCCGGAUGUUUGUCGUGGCGGCAUCGAAGAACAUUGAAGAGACGGGGCUCAGGGAGAUCGCCAACUCUCCUGCGACGGUCUACAGGAGGGACUUUAUGGCUGUGGAUCUAAGCCAGGGCAGGGCCAUCAUACAAGUAGACACCAUUAACCGCAUCAUCAAGACAAUGCAACAUUUGGCAUUUGUAGAGUGUUACAGUGUGGACUGUCUGGAGACGGAUGGGCCUCCCGGUCCAAAAGGCCACCGAGGACAAAAAGGAGCUAAAGGAGACAACGGCGAACCAGGUCUGAAAGGUGGAAGAGGUCGCCCAGGAGACCCCGGUAUCGAGGGUCCCAUUGGUCAACCUGGUACCAAAGGAGAGCCAGGGCAAACAGGCGAAAAGGGAGAGAUAGGAACUCAGGGGAAAAAGGGCGUGGCUGGCAUCCCAGGACGCAAUGGGACAGAUGGACAGAAGGGUAAAAUUGGACGAAUUGGCGCUCCCGGCUGCAAAGGAGACCCAGGCGACAGAGGUCCUGACGGCUACCCCGGAGACGUCGGUGAACGUGGUCCCCCUGGAACCGAUGGAGAGAAGGGUGAUCCCGGUCGUCCUGGAAGACCUGGCCCCCCUGGCCUGUCUGGAGAGCCUGGACCAAAGGGAGAGAGGGGAGGUUCUGGAUCACCUGGCCUCCCUGGACAAAAAGGAAACAAAGGAGCCGAAGGACUUCCAGGAGGCAGAGGCGAGCCGGGGAGAAGAGGAGAACCUGGGCAAAAGGGUGGUCAAGGGCCAGAUGGAGUUAAGGGAGAAAAGGGUGAAAUGGGGCCAGAGGGCUUGAGAGGGCUUCCAGGUGAAGAAGGAAAGAAAGGAGCAAAAGGAGAUAAUGGCCUGCCAGGGCCCAGGGGGCCACCGGGGACAGCAGGAGAGCCUGGGAAAAAUGGUACCAGAGGAGACCCUGGUGAUGCUGGACCAAGAGGAGAACCAGGACAGCCUGGACCAAAGGGUGAUCCUGGAAGACCUGGCUUUAGUUAUCCUGGGCCAAGAGGACCAUCGGGUGACAGAGGAAAUAAGGGCAACCGUGGACCUCGUGGCGGCAGAGGAGACUGUGGUCAAAAGGGUGACCCUGGAAAUAAAGGAACUCCGGGAGAGGGAGGUGAACCAGGGUCUCAAGGGGAACCUGGCCAAAGAGGACCAAGAGGAGACCCUGGACGUGACGGAGAUCCUGGACCUGAGGGAGAUCCCGGCCUCACUGAAUGUGAUGUCAUGAACUACAUCAGGGAAACGUGUGGCUGCUGCGACUGUGAGAAACGCUGCGGAGCCCUGGACAUUGUGUUUGUGAUUGACAGCUCAGAGUCAGUGGGUCUGACUAACUUCACCCUGGAGAAGAACUUUGUCAUCAACACCAUCAACAGACUGGGUUCCCUUGCCAAAGACCCCCAGUCAGAUACAGGCACAAGAGUGGGAGUUGUUCAGUACAGUCACAGUGGAACCUUCCAGGCCAUCCGGCUCAACGACCCCAAGAUUGAUUCAAUGUCUGCUUUCAAGGAUGCAGUGAAGCGUUUGGAGUGGAUCGCUGGAGGAACAUGGACUCCAUCUGCUUUGAAGUAUGCCUACGACAACCUGAUCAGGGACAGCCGCAGAGCCAAAGCCAACGUCACUGUAGUUGUCAUCACUGACGGACGCUUCGACCCCAGAGAUGAUGACUCGCUGCUCACCUACCUCUGCAGUGAUCCCAGUGUUGAUGUGAGUGCCAUCGGAAUCGGAGACAUGUUUGACCAGAUCGAGGAGAAUGAGAGCCUGAAGAGCAUUGCUUGCCAGAAGGAUGGCAGGGUGCUGGGCAUGAGGCGCUUUGCAGACCUGGUAGCUGAGGAGUUCAUUGACAAAAUUGAAACCGUGCUCUGCCCAGAUCCUGUCAUCAUAUGCCCAGAUCUCCCUUGUAAAUCAGAGCCUGCUGUGGCUAGCUGUGUUCAGCGACCAGUGGAUGUGGUGUUCCUGUUGGAUGGUUCUGAGAGGAUGGGACUGGAGAACCACCGCAGGGCCAAAGAGUUCAUUGAGAAUGUGGCUCGCCGCCUCACCCUGGCAAACAACGAUUCAGACAAGAAGAAUGCCCGCUUGGCUCUGCUGCAGUAUGGCAGCACUACAGAACAGAAGGUGGAGUUCCCUCUCACACACAAUCUCACAGUGAUCUCGGAUUCGCUGGCAUCUAUGUCCUAUAUGGAUUCCUCUUCUGCUCUGGGCAGCGCCAUCAUCCAUGCUGUCAACAAUCUGGUGAUUCCAAAGCAGGAUAAAAAGGCUCGUGCCACCGCUGAGCUGACCUUUGUAUUCAUCACUGAUGGCAUCACAGCCAGCGAGCAGCUAGAAGAGGGCGUGUCUGCCAUGAGGCGAGCAGAAGGCGUUCCAACAGUGAUUGCCCUGGGAAAAGACACAGAUGAGGAGGUGCUGCAGAAGGUGUCGCUAGGGGACUCGUCUGCCAUCUUUAGAGGAGAUGACUACGCCAUGUUGAACAAACCCUCAUUCUUUGAGCGUUUUGUCCGCUGGAUAUGCUAGUGAGGAACUUUAACGCUCUACACCAUAGAAUUAGAAUCCACAGAAUGAAAGAAGGGCCUUCAGUGUACACAUAAACACACACACAGAGGCAUCAUCAAACCUCUGUGGUCAUUAUCAUUACUGGAUCUAUAAGGCACUGAAACGGCUACAUAUCCGGUUGUUAAGGGUGAAGAUUCCUUUACAAAAGCCAAAGCAAUCCAUGUAGGACCAGCUGACACAAACACAUAUACAUAAAUACACAAACAAUAUCAUUUGUAAUUUGAUUGAUCUAGUAGUUCUCAUUCAAACCAAAGACACCCAUAAGUGUCCAAGAGGAGAGGUGUAUGAUUAUUGAAUAUUUACGAAAGAAAUUGUAGGUUUUAUUUUGUUUUAUUUUCUAUUGAUUUUCAGUCUCUCUCUCUCUAUCUCUCUCUGUCUUCACAAAGUCAGUAUUUACAUUAAAGGUGCUAAAGUAGAAAUAAAGGACAAAGCCAUCUGAGUGGUUUGGGAGAAGUUUUUUACAUCAUGUUAUGCUGUAAUUACUGUGUUCAGGGGAUAAAUACAAGCAGACAUAUCUUUUCCAGAGCAAAAGAAUCACACAUAAAUGCCCCACACUCAACCACACAAGAAUCACACACACACACACACACACACACACACACACACACACACACACACAGUUAAUUACAUAUACAUUGACAGGCAUAAAAAAACUAAAUCUGUAAACAUUCUAACAGUCCAAAUAAAGCCUAAUGUGGUGACCCCAA